CUCGCUCUCCCUGCCCUCACCGUGCGUGCGGCGUCGGGCACGCAGCCUUACGUCGCCCCGCGCCGCCAGCUGACUGCUCGCCUCCCGGAAGUGAUGCGGGGAAGGGGGGGGGAGGCCGGCAGCCUCGCCGGGAGCGCGGCGUGUUCCAUGUGGAACCCAGGGAACCUGAAGGAGGCUGCAAAAGCUAUUGGAAUGAUUCCCUGUGUAGCUGAAGCUAUCUUUGUGUGUCUGUUCAGAGCUGGAAAAAGAUGGGGCACCCAUGAUACCAUUCCCUACGCUCUGCUAUUUUAGAAGUCAUGCCUCCUUGCCCACAAAAGGUUAGUUGACUGCCGCUAAUGGCAUGGUGAAAUGUGUUGAAGAGCAGCUGCGAGGGUGUCCAACAGCGAGGGGACUGCUCUAGAAGCUGGGCUUGCAACAUCAUGGGCCAGUGUGUCACAAAGUGUAAGAAUCCUUCGUCCACCCUUGGCAGCAAAAAUGGGGAAAGGGAAUCUGGCAGCAAGUCGCACAGUAAGAGAAGCGCAGUCCACAAAGACGACCACGCUUCAGCUUGUGGGAAGUCUUCAGGAGAUAUACUCGUGAACGGGACAAAGAAAGCGGACACUGCUGUCGAGUCUAGCCAGCCUUCAACGUUUCCUGGGGAUACAAAGAAAGACUCUGUCUCUAGUGCGGAAGAAUCUUCACUCCAAAGGAUUGGAGAGUUAUUUAGGAGAUACAAGGAUGAACGGGAGGAUGCCAUACUGGAAGAAGGAAUGGAACGAUUUUGCAAUGACCUCUGCGUUGAUCCCACUGAAUUUAAAGUGCUAGUUUUGGCUUGGAAAUUCCAGGCUGCUACCAUGUGCAAAUUUACAAGGAAGGAGUUUUUUGAAGGCUGCAAAGCAAUAAAUGCGGACAGCAUUGAUGGCAUUUGUGCAAGGUUCCCCAGCCUCUUAAACGAAGCCAAGCAGGAAGAUAAAUUUAAGGAUCUCUACCGUUUCACCUUUCAGUUUGGCCUGGACUCUGAGGAAGGACAGAGGUCGCUACAUCGGGAAAUAGCCAUUGCCCUUUGGAAAUUAGUCUUCACCCAAAACAAACCCCCCAUUUUGGACCAGUGGUUACACUUCCUAGUCGAGAACCCCUCAGGAAUCAAGGGAAUCUCCCGGGACACGUGGAACAUGUUUUUAAAUUUUACUCAGGUGAUUGGACCAGACCUUAGCAACUACAGUGAAGACGAGGCGUGGCCAAGUCUCUUUGACACCUUUGUGGAGUGGGAAAUGGAGCGAAGGAAAAAGGAAGAGGAAACCAAAUGUAUUGCAUCUUCAGACACAGAGGGUCUGUGUACAGAAGAACAGACUUACAGCAUUUAAGCAGUGGUGACAAAAGCAACCUGUUGCCCUUCAUGAAAUGUAAACUCUGGAUGUUUCUGGAGAUUACCAAGGCUCCAGAUCUUUUCUACUUUACACCUUUUUCUGCCUUGUAUUUGAAAGGGCUCUAAAAUGCUGUAUCAUGUUUUAGGCACUUUCUAAAUUUUGGUUAUUCCUUUUACUCUUGCCCUGAAAUAUUUGACUCUGGCUACAAGUUAAGCAUUUUUGGUUUCUUUUAAGACUUCAGAUUAGUAUAAGUAAGUCUGAUAUUUCUUGCACAAUGUAGAUCUUUUUAGUUAGGUUAAAUUAACAUUGCUAAAUUAUACAGUGCCAGAUUAAGUUUUUCAUACUACAUCUGUCAGGGCAGGUUUGUACUGUGUGUAGUGCUGUUUACAUUGUUGAAAUUUUAGGCUGUAAUAAUUUUAAGGUUUUAUACCAAGACGAAUAGCAGUGUUAACUGUUAACUAUAAAUGCAUUAAUCCCCUGGUAAUAAGGCUCUUAAAAAAAAAAAAAGAAAAAGAAAAAUUCCAACAUAAGCAACAGCUUUUUGUAAUGUGGCUAAUUCCCACUUCAAGCUAACUCUCAGCGAUUGAGUCCAGAUCAUUCCUUUUUUUCAGAGUUUCAAACUAAAUGUUGGGAUUGUUUUUAUAAAAUUACUGUACCUGUCAGUCAACUGAGUGGUAGAUGAUGAUUUGUAUCUAAAUCUCUUACACAACACAUAAUAAAAGAGCAGUACUACCUCAGUUUUAUUGAAAGUGGACUUCUUGAUGGAAUUCCAUUUUCUCUGGAAGUUGUAUUUUUGUGGUUACACGAGAAUAUUUUUACUUGACUAAAAGAACCAAAGGUUCUGCUUCUUAAGUUUGUUAAACAUUGACAGAAGCAACACACAAGCCCUAAGUCUUCAAGGAAAACUGUGGUAUAAUUCUGCUUUAAUUUGUUUGAUUUAUACCUAAAGUAUUAUCUUACUUGUCUGGCAAGCACAGUACUUCUACGUAAGGAACUAUCUUUUGCAUUAAUAUUGAUGAACCGAUUUUUUAAACCUAUGUUUAAUUGCUAAAUCGCAGUUAAUACUCCACACUUGCUGGAGCAACAAUAUCGGCAUCUGAUGACAAAGUGAAUUCUUAAUGUGUUCUUAAUGACAACAGUGUAGAUGAGUCAUUUUUAGACUGAUUUGAUAAUAUUUGGAUAGGAGUCAAUUUAUUAUUUUACAAUACCUGUAUUGGGACUAUUUGCCUGUUGAAACUGUUGUGACUUAAAGGGAGUUUUAUUAACACUGGUUGAAAUUUUUUUGGUUAUUGAUGCUACCUUUUUUAAUUUUAGUAUGUCAACUUUUUUACACGUUUUGGUAAAAGAGAUGAUUGCCAAGGCUUUCUAUUAAGCUAAGUAUCAAAUUCAUUAAGCCAAUACACUUCCAUUAUACACCCUUUCUUUUCAGAGCUGUAUUUCAGGAUCAUAAAAUGGCUUCAGUUAAAAAAACAAAAGCAAACAAAAAAAACCCAUAGCAUCUAACGGCUUUUGUAAAGCUUUUUAAAGCUAAAGACAAACACAAUUCUAAGUGGUUAGCAUGUCCUUGGAUCCCAGAUAGCAUGCUUUGCACAUCUGUGGUGCCGCAGAGGGGUCAGCAGAGAGGAGAAUCUCCUGAAGCCUGACGCUGGCUCUGCUGGUGCACAGCCUGUGCAGUAGCGUGGGUCUGAGGUCGUAGAUGAGUCACAAACCACGGCUGUCUAAAAAUGCGUGAAAACAAACCCGCAAGCUGCAGACAGCAUCUCUUUCACCUAGUAAAAGGAGUAUUUGGUCCAUGCUGCUUUUGGAAGCUCUUUCUGGGAGACAUGUUAAGCUGUGGAAAACAAAGCUAGUUCUAGCUGAGUGUUUCUUGGCAAGAGGGAAGCCCUGAUCUUGGUUUAUUGUAGGCGAAUACGCCCAAAGCUUUGUCCCUGCUACUAUCAUCUUCCAAGCUACUGUGGCACAAGCGCUAUUUGGCAGCAAAAUCUGGCAAAACAGGCCGUAGCACUUGUGUUGGUAUAAUUGAAUUUAUGGUGAGACUUCUGCUGGUGCUGUUAUUUAAUUAAAAAAAGAAAAAAAUAAUCUCCAACAGAGGCUGCUUUGUUAGCAAAAGUUCCAGAUGGAGACCUGAUUUGACAGUAAAUAACUAUAUUAAAUUUAAGACUACUCAUUCAUUCAGCUAUUAAAUGCUUUGUUCAUCACUUCAUCUUUUUCCUAAAGGGAAUUUUAAACCGUUCAGUGUGUGACAACUAACUGUUCAAAUGGAUACCCAGUGCAUGUGGCAGCGGCUGCUACCGAGCCGUCUCUGAACUGCAGCAGCUCUGAAGGAUCAGGGCUUGAGACCUUUAAGGCAGGCGUUUGUCUGGUGUGAAUGUGGGUUGCAGCAAGGAAGUGAACUGAUAGCAUGGCAAGGUUUAGCCAUUUUAGUGCAGCAAACAUAACGUAGUUUCUUUUUCAGGACAGUGGUGGUGAAUAUACAGAAGGGAAAGUUUCCUUUCCCCUUGGAGGAAGGACGUCUACCUCUCAGCAGCUCCUGCCCCGUGCUUUCAGUCCGAGAGGAAAGCCUUGCUCCUGUGCUGCUCUUCCAGCCCAGCAGGAGCAACUCCAGCCUGUUGGGUAAAAUAUGUGCAAAAACAGCCAAAAUAUCUACCUGGUAAAGAACCAUUUAUUCUCAGUCUAACCUCAUUAUUUACAGUACAGUUAGAGAACACAAGCCCAGGCCUGUGUCUGUCUAAACUCCUGAGCCAGGAGCUACAGUUCACAGCCACAGCAGAGCUGCACCUGAAAGAGGGCGCCGGGCCAGCACUGCAUUGCCUGGUCCAGCUGUGGUCCUGAACUACAGCAGGCCAUGCUCUUCAGUGCUGGGGCAGUGCUGUGUUGUACGUGCUUCUGGGAUGUCUUCAGCUAUGUUGGAGCCUCUCAAAAUUGCUUGUUUAAUGGUUAAGCUGUGAAUAUCUGUGGAACAGGCCAAAUGCAUUCUCUCUCCCUUCUCACAUAGUUUAAGUCUGUAAUGUGUAGGUCACAGGACUGCAGUGAGUACUGAUGCUGAAGUCCUUGAAACCAUUGGAACUAUUUAAUUUUUUUAUUAGAAUAUGCGUUGGAAAACUUGAUGCAUGUAAUGAAUCUGCUGCAACUCGGGAUAAAUAACUAGGUAAUUAUAUAGAUAGUUCUGGUAAUAUACUGGAAAACCAGUCUGAUGACCACGCUGCGGCAUUUUAUUGCCUUUCCUUACACGCAAAGAAAUGCAGCUCCUGUGAACUGUACUCCCCAGUAGAACACUGACCGCUUGCGCAGUGUUACCGUUUGCAAUACCUUUAAGUUUGGCUCCCAGGUUAACUGGAGGCUCAGCUGUGCCAAUUCUUUGUGGGGGUGUGUUUCGGAGGUCAAGGACUGUUUGUUGAUUCAUGUGAAGAUUUGAAAGAUUCCACCCAUAGUUGGCCAUGAGGCGUGACUGAGUAAAUUAAUUGACAUUGAACGUUAAUUGUGAGUUUAUUUGCUGCUGGUGCUAUUCUAUAUGGAGAAUUAUAGCUUUUUAAUACUGUGCAAUUGUAAUGAAAGAACCACAGGAAAAAUAAAUGAAGGUGUGGCAGAGAGUCAGGUAGCUUAAGCCUGUGGCAGUUCAGUCCACCCUGCGACAAGUGCCGACUUCCCGAGGCUGGCACAGCAGCCCUCGUGAAUCAGCCUCUGAACCACGGCAGAUUUUCAGCCAAGCACGUGGAAGUGCGUGAAAGGCAUUUCCCCUGCUCUGCUGGAGAGACGUGAUUUCAGAGUUAGUGAAUAGCAGCCGUCCCUCUUCCGGAGUGGCAGCAUGGCUGUUGGAGUGUCCGGGCUGCUGCAGGCAGUGGUGCCCAUGCCUGGGUGAGUGCUGCCUGGCUCCCUGCAUGUCCGCCAGAGCCUGAAGAACCUGUGGGUCCCAGGACAGGUACUGCCUGUUGUCACCUGCGUCCCCAGGCAGGGCUAUGCACUGACUGGCGACCUUGGUGUUUUCAUGAUGCUGUCAGCAUGAGUAUCUUCCUUACACUUCUAAGCCUUGUUUAAAACAAAACAAAAAAACAGCAAAGUUAAACACCGCGUAGUUAAUGGCCACCUCAGUCUGAUGUAAUUUUUUGGCUGCGGUUACAUCGUUCCCAUUCAUUGGAAAAUAAUAGUCAUUGUGAAUUUCUGGCUCUGGCAGCCUUGUGUUCUGCAGCGUGAUCCUUUUUUUUUUUUUUUAAGAAGUCCUUGGUAAAUCGAGUGCCCAAAUCUCGAAAUGUGUGCAUGUGAAUUUAGCCUUUCAUAUUGAAAAGGAAAAUGCUUAACCUGAAACUCAAAGGUCUUCAGGGUAGUAUUUCAGUAUAGAGCAGAACAUAAAUGUUGAGUCAGUUUUAUUUUUUUUCAAAUGCAUACGUAGUAAGAGCUAAGUGUCUGCUUAAAUUUUGUGUGCAAACCAAAACACCAGUGUUAAAACUUUCUAUCUGGAUUAUUGAAGAUUUAAUAUUUGUUUUUUGAUUGUCAGCUGAAGUGACAUACGUGAGAUUAUAACCCGGGAGGCUGUAACUGCUUCACCAUGAAGUAUGUAGGUAUCUCUACCUCUUGUUCUUAGACUUGAACAGUUUAAGGUUACCAUCCUUUUCUCCCAGGAUUUUAUGCCUGGGUAAGUAAGAUUAUUUUUUUUUUAAUUGACCCAACUUAAGUAUUACCUAUAUGCCAUGCUUCUUGGUAUACUGCUUUUAACCUGCAUGCACUCUCCCCUUUGAAAGGGAGCGAAGUCAAGUUGCAAACAAGUGUCAGUCCUCGGGGUGCUAGUUUUGGAGUGUGGUAGAGUGGCUGGAGCUACACCACGUGUGGCUCAGGGGCUUUCAUGUUCCUGCUCAGGCUGCCUGCACUGACAAUACAUUGAAGGUGGAGCAGCUGCUUCCCAGGAGGGAGCCAUGUCGCUUUUUCAUUUGCCCCUGAAAAACCUCAGGAACUCACCUGAUGCUCUGCUGGAAGCAUAUUUUUCUUUUGGUGAAAAAUACAACAGCUUGUUCCAUGUUGUGCUGUACUGGUAACAGCCAGAAAAACUGGGAGCUGCAAAAGUGGAAGGGCAACACAUGUGUUCCCCCCACCGAGGGCAGCAUCUUCCUCAUGACAUGCUUAGAGCAGAGCAGGAGAGUUCACAAGUGCAUUGGAGAUGCUGGGCUGGUUCCAGUGCUGUUUGCUCAUUCAUGCAGUUAGGUGGUGUCUCUUCCCUGCAGCACAGCUGCGCCCCUUGCUCUCCUCCCUGGAGGAGCCUACAGCACAACUGCUGAUACACAAAGCGAAAUGGCUGGUCUGCAGCAGGGGCUGCCACAAGCUGCUGCUUCCAGUCCGAGGGCUGCGCUGGGCAGGGGCUGCUUGCACUAUGUGUCCAGGCCCACGUUUCAGGAGCCUGGGGGACUGGAGAUGAUAGGUAAAAGGAGCAUGAACGUGCCGCUAACAGCUUGCCUUAAAUCACUGAUAUUACAGGGGGCCCUCACUACUAUCGCAAUCCUCAGUCUUUCUGUAGUUAGGUUUCUAAAUGUAACAGGUUCUGGAGGUCGUACAACUUUUCUACUUCUAAAAAGCUCCUGUCUUUGCGAAAUUGCACUCUUCAGAUGAGCCCUUUCUGGACAACACGUCACAGACAAAAUACCUUAGUCUCCCAUGGUCAUGCUGUAAUCCCUCCCCACCCCCCCCACCCCCUGUAAAUUAUAUUUGGCCUGAAGGUUGCCUGCUGUCGAAGCAGUGCGUUUACUUGAAUGUCGCCAUUUGACGCAGUUACAGCUGCCAGCUCUUGCUCUUUGGGCCCACGUGGCACCUCCAUGCAGAGUGGCAGUGGAGUUGGAGGCUGGCUGCUGGUUUUAUACUCCCUCAUGUAGUAAAUGUUAGAGGACUUUGCAUAGUAGUGCUUAAUAUUUUGAAGCGGUGACUUUUGAGUCACGUUAAACAUAGUUAUCUUUAAAAUAUUCCUUCUUUCUUAUCUGCAAGUUUGAAGUAGUCUUUUGAAGAGGGAAUGGGCUGGCAGGAGCGGCUGGACGGCCUCAUGCUGUUAGUUGCUGAGUGUCUUGGGUUCCAGGAGAAGUGGCUGCAGCAUGCCGGGUUAGGGCCUAACCCAGGGCUCCGGGGGCUGUACUGGCUGGUCCUGAGGGCAUGAAGCAACCGCAAGUCAUUAACAGGCUGCAGGGAGGCGACUGUCAGCGUGGGUGAGCUGAUGCAGCUGGAUUUCUUGGAGUACUUGCUUGUGGAUCUCAGCCCCAAUGCAGUGCUGUCACCCCUUACGGCAGAUAAUGCAUUGUGAUGGUAUAUUUGUUCCCAGAGAAGUAACUAACCAAGGAAACUGAAAGCACACCUUUGUGCUGCAGCUUUCAUUGACCUGCAUGUGACUACAGCUAGCUGACCAAUCCCCCAGUAAACCCUCAAGGGUACAUAGGAUCAAAUCUGCUGUUCUCUGUGUCAGCAGUGAUUUUGCCUUUUCAGACUUGCCAAUAGAUAUGGUGUGUGAUCCGAUGCUGUCUGGGAAACGAUGAAUGUAUUGCUUGUCGUGGAGCAAACCAUGCUUCCUCUUUUAGCCAGCACGCUCCCAAGCGCUGUGUAAAUGUAAUGCUUGAAAAUGGCUGGAGUAAAUUCUGUUUCAUGUAGGACCUUUUUAUAAAGGGAUGUGGCCAAAUUUGAAACAACAAGCUGGAAACAAAGUGGGAGAAGUUCAAGAUGAUGCAUCUAUACUGAGUCCCAUUUGCUUUGUUGUUUUACAGUUACUUUUUGUGUAUCAAAUUUUGCUCACCAUUAUUGUCUGGAACAGAAUGGAAACAGCAUCUUACAGAAUGUGCAAUCUAAGGCACAAUGCAAAUAGGUUGUAAUAAGAAGGUUGUCUUUACUUGAUAGCAAUCCUGAGUGCAAUGUUCUUGUCGUGUCCCUUCUGAAAGAAAAGCAUUAAGUGCAGUCUGAGGUUUUUCUUUACUUAUAAGCAAAGCAUUGGUUUGUCCAUUACUGACUUCUUGUGGAGUUUGUGCCAGAUGUAUAUUAAAUAUUUUGGUGCUUUUUCUAA